UUAGCGAUGUCAACAGUGAAUCUCUCAUAUCUCCAGAAAGUCUAUUUGUUGGGUCCCACGUACGUAAGAAGUGCCCUGUGUUCACUGUCACUCAAGUGGCCUUUGCCCUUUGAGAUGGUGAUCAUACAGUGGCGGCCCAAAUUGGAGAAAUGAGCCAAGGUGAACCAGGUAGAGGUCGAAGCAGAGGAAGAGGCAGAUGGCAACACAGAAAUCGAGAACAGGACCCUGACGUUAAGUUGUCUAAAGCUUUGUCCUUUGUAUUAAGGCAUGGGGCAGCAGAGGUGGGACUGAACAUGAACCCAGAUGGCUUUGUGUUUGUGGAUGACCUCCUCUCUCUCCCACGGUUUCGUUGUCACUCAAUAGAAGAUCUACAAAGAGUAGUGGAGACAAAUGAUAAACAGCGGUAUGCCAUGUGUCCACAUCCUGAUUCAGGUCGGCUACAAAUACGAGCCAAUCAAGGACACUCUAUACCAGUUGAAGAUUUAGAACUGACACCUAUUCAUACUAGCUCAGAAGAUGUGCCUGUCACUGCAGUUCAUGGCACUUACUUGCGUAACUGGAAUGCGAUUCGAUCUCAUGGCCUGUCGAGAAUGAAUCGAACUCAUAUUCAUCUGGCACCAGGACUGCCUGGUCAGGGGCAGGUAGUUAGUGGCAUGAGGAAGGACUGUGAUCUGGCCAUAUUUGUUGAUCUACAGCAAGCACUCAGGGAUGGGAUUCCAUUUUUUUGGUCAGCAAACAGAGUGAUUCUGACACCAGGAAACUCUGAAGGUCUGAUUCCUCCACUCUAUUUCAGCAGAGCACUGCAGCUCAAACAUCCAAGGACUGACCUUCCUCUGAAUUAGAUGUCAAGUUGAAACAAUGUGACCAGACAUUAAAGUUGCAUAUAAACUUCAGUACUUAUUCUACACCGAAUGCAUUCUUAUAUUCCAAGAAUCUACUGAUACUUCCCUAACAAAUCAGAAACUGGUAUAUAUAAAAUUUCUCUAUUUUCUUGACCCUAAUCUUUUCAGUUGACUCUACAGGAUAUCUGUCAGCUGUACUACAGCAUGCAGCUGUUGCCUGUAAAGUAAAGGUUAAUAAAAAUGUAUGUUAAUGGUAGAUUUUUAUCAUUAAUUCUUGUAAAUGAUCAAUAAAAUGUGAUUAAUCAAU